CCCUUCUCCCCCGCCGCCCUUGGUAUCAUCUUUUGCCGCUCGUAGCCCGUCUUACUCCGAUUGCUGCGCCUUCCUAUAUACUGCAUCACUUCCCUCCCCCAGCACGACCAGAGAGGAUUACCGCCGCGCGCCCUUCCCUCUGUCUCCCUCUGUCUCCCCACCUCUCUCUCUACAUCUCUACCUCUCUCUCCGGCCAAUUAGUCGACUGUUCUCCGCCCACUCCCCCCGGUCAAUGAGACCGUCAUCACGGGUUUUGCACAACCACUUCCGCUUGGUCCACAGGAUCCCUCGGGCUCUGUGAACUAUUCAGUCGCCGUGACUCAUAACCUGAGGCCUCCUUCCCCAAUACAAGCUCAACCGGAACCAGUCAUAGCCAACAUGUCUGCACCCCACGGCCAGAACUGCCACCCCCGCCGCCGUCCUAUUAAGGGCCAUGUCUCCCCUCUCAGCACCCAUGGCAUGCACCUUCGCAAGAGCGGCACCUUCUCAUCACCCAAGUCAUUGUCCAAUGACCUCUGUGACCUGGAGAACCAACACUUUAUGCCCCGACGGUCGCCAACAAGCACUGAGAGCCUUGAGGAGCUCCUCCAAGACUCCAGUGUCCGUCGUGUCGCCAACCUCCUAAAGGACUUUGACAAGAAGAUUGCUGGGCACAGGGCGGCCUCUGCUACUGGUGCUAACAUCCUCAACGAUCCCGAGGUGCUUCCUGUACCAAGCUUUGUCCUUGACAACGCUACACUGGACAGCACGCCAAUGGACAUUGACUCCAAGCCAUCUGUCGUCGAACAGAACCCCCACGAGCACGCUUCGGACAGCGGUCUGGGAUCCAGCAUCAGCGGGUCGAAAUACGACGACGCCUGCACCCGACGCUCCAGCGUCCGUGAGUCCAUCAACACCUCUGUCAGCUCUACCCACUCUGCUGUCACGCGCUCCUUCUCCGCCUUGGGCGCAUCCGAGGAAAAGCACACUCUUGGCGAGUACGCUUGCAAACAGAUUCACGACACCAUCAUCAAGCCUAUCCUUGCUGAGGAAUCACUCAAGGACUUCCAUCCCUUGAUCAAAGACGUCCCACGACGCAUAGGUGAGAAGAACAUCUGCAAUCUCCGUGAUCUCGAAAAGACGCUCAUCUUCCUGGCUCCUGAGCUUUCGGCUACAGCGACUUCGUACCUACGCUUUUGCGAACGAUCAAUUCAGCUUCUGCAUACGACUGUCGAGUACCUCUCCGAACAAGACCAACGACUACCGUCCGACCGCCCGUACACUAACAACUACUUUCUCGACUUGAUCGAACAGAUCCGACGAUACGCUGCAAUCAUGGCGGCCACACGACAAAAACAAGAGAAGGGCGAGGAGCUCGACGAGAUGGACUACUCCCGUGAUGAAAAGGUCACACUGCGCGGCGGGCUCAGUCACAAUGGCCGCCCUGUCGAGCUGGUCCGCGAGAAGAAUGGCAAGGUUAUGCCCAUUGCUGAAGAUGCUGAAAAAGCCUACAAAGGCUUGUCAAAGCGGGCCCUGUCCGACGAUGACAUGGAUGACGACGAAGUCACGCGCUCCAUGGCUCGUCGAAGGAAGUCGGAGAAGCCUGGAGAUGUCAUGCACGCCUGCCGUGACUGUAAGAAGGAGUUCAAGCGACCAUGUGAUCUGACCAAGCACGAGAAGACGCACUCCCGCCCUUGGAAGUGCACCGAGGAGAACUGCAAGUACUUCGAUCUCGGCUGGCCGACCGAAAAGGAACGCGACAGGCACAUGAACGAUAAGCACUCGGCGGCCCCUGCGCAGCACAGGUGUCUCUAUCCCCCAUGCACCUACGCUUCGAAGCGAGAGUCGAACUGCAAGCAGCACAUGGAGAAGGCACACGGAUGGCAGUACGUUCGUUCGAAGAGCAACGGUCGCAAGAGGGCUUCUGCAAACAACGAUCAUAGCCCUACUACUCCACUCACUCCUUUCACUGGUACACCCCAGUCAGCAGUUCUAACUACCCCAAUCACGCCCUUUGUUCCGUCGCCUCAAGUGCCCAUGAUCGAUACUUUCGACUACUAUGGUUUUGGGACUCCAGCCCUGAGCGUUCAGGGCUACCAGGACGACUUCCGCCGCGAUUCAGUGACAACGGACGGAUCUCACUUCACGUACUCGUCUGGACACUCACCCACUGAGCCAACGUCUUUUGAUGAUGCCGUGACCCCCGAAGACACCACCAUCAAUCAUAACGUGGUCUUCAACCAAUGUGGCUUGGGAGCAAACUUCAAUACCGGCUUCCAGCAGCCAACGCCAGCCUUGAGCACUACGUUCGACUUUGAACCUCUCCCAUUCACUUCCAACAGCGCCAUGACCGCUGGUCUACCACACCUCUCGCCUAUGGGUCAGCCUGACGUCACGCUCUUCUCGCCAGAGAUGCAUAUGGAUGAAGGCUUUGGUGACAUGGACAUGCAGACAUUCAGUCGGCCAACUGAAGACUUCACCUUGUUUGACACGGCUCCGCCGAGCACUAUGUCAUUCAACAACACGGCAAACUUCUUCCCUGACUUCAAUCAGGUUGGAGGACAAUUUGACACGUUUUACGCUGAGCCUACCACUACGCUGGACGAUUUGAUGGGCAACAACUACGGAAACCCGCAGUAACCUGUGGGUUACAUUGUAUACGAUGAAGCGAGCAUUUGAAUAGCCAUUUCUCACAUUUCUUGUUUCUCUACGGCAACCGCGCUACUGAGCUGGAGUUCUGGCAUUGUUUUGUGAACAGCGAGGAUGGACGAUCCUGAAAGAGAUGGAAUUAUGAAUACGGACAUGGAUUAUGAUGCUUCUUCCCUCUGCUACUGGAGUGGUGCGACGGUCCCAACAGAACAGAAAAUCCACAAAACAAAUGGCCUUUGUUUGACGGGUUUUCUUUGCUGCAACUGAUUUUGAUCUCCCCCCUUCUCCUUCUUUUCCGUAUGGAGUCCAAGGCUGUGGUUGAGAUCAUCAGAUAGUGUAUAUUAUAGAAUACGAAUAGUGUGGAGGAAGCUGAUUGUGCCCUG